CCAUUUGGCCAUUUGACCGUCAUCCCUCGCCCAAACUCGGAACUAGCAGUUGGGCCCGGUCGGGCUCGCAUAGUCCACCACCACAAUGGGUUCCAAAGACCCCGAUGUUAAUUCAGCCACUGAUGGUCGCCCCAAAGAUCGGCGGCGUAGCAAAAGUGAGCGAGAGAGGGAUAGGGAAAAGGAUAAGGAACGUGCCAAAGGGGACAGAGACAGAGAUAGAGACAGAGACAGGGACAGGGAAAGGGACAACCACCACCACCACCAUAAAUCCCACCGUUCCAAGCAUAAAAGUUCUGCUGACGGUGAUUCGCAUACCUCUUCACACCGCCGACACCGAACCAGAGAGGAAAAGGAAAAAGACCGUGACAGGAGGACAUCAUCCAUGAACGACCUAGUACCCGAACUCACGAGAACUUCCAUUUCUGGCAGCCGGGUCAGCUUGCCAUAUCCUACCUUCAGCAAGGCCCAUAGUAAGGAAAGCGUACUCGGCCAUGAAGAUGUAGACGCCUCUGCUUACCAUCACGAACCCCUCACCCCCGAGGCCACAGAUCUUGGCUCUGAUAGCCUGAAAAGAUCUAAAUCUACAGGCGGUUCUACGAAUAGGCAGAGUCCGCAGAAGGGUGACCGGCCACCCAGUCCUCCAGAGACUGAUCUAUCCGAAGAGAAGAAAAGACGGAGCAAAUCUUCCGCCUCGAAGCUAAGAGAUGAGCAUGAAUCGGGAUCGGACAGGCCAACAUCAAGAACUUCCGGUGUGUCUCGAGCUACUUCAAAGCGCGAUGACAAGUCGAAACUAUCUACCAAGUCUAGAGCCUCGAGUCAGGCUACCACCAUACAAUCUCCCCCAACCUACCCACCGCCGCCGCCUCCGCCUCCGCCGCCUCCACCACUGGGCUUGCGCAUUGUCAACGACGGCAGUUCUAACUUGAGCGAUAAUAGAACCGUGGGAGCCCAAUCUACCGCCACUCCUGUCGCACCAAAGCGGACAGCCUCGUCGAGAACCUCGCGGGUUCCCAGCCCAAUUGAGAUCGAAGACUCUCCGGACUCUAUACAGGACUCGUCGCCAAAGACCCCUACAGCCACACCACAGUUUCCGCCGCCACAAACCUUUCCGGACGAGAAGCCCAACUCGAGCAUCAGGUUUGAGAGAAGAGAACGUCCCACGCCCUCGGCAACACCUGCGACCGAUUUUGGUCCUCCGCCGCCGCCUCCGCCCCCUCCUCCGUUGAAUAUACAAGAAGUGCCGAGAAUCGACUAUCUCCUUCAGAACGGCGGUCUAAUCCAUCCCAUUCCAAGGAAUUUUCUUUCCGUGAUACCACGUCAAAAUGGCACACGGCCGUCCAAUCCGCCUCUAGCAGGGCCGGAAACUUUGUUCGCUCCUUUUUUCAACCUCCUAGACCAAUACCAGUCAGUCAUUCAAAGGCAGGGCUCGGUCGCAGUGGCAACAGGCCAUAAAUCUGUCGCCCGGCGAUUACUCGACCGGCUAGAAGAUGUGUUUUCACGAGAUCUUCCUGCCGAGGGCUGCAGUUGUAUCAUGUGCGAGAGGGCACCGGAAGAGCAUCGCGGGCUAGGAUGGGGAGAGGUCCUGGAACGAGUAGGGGGCAGGGUUGAAAUGCCUGCGUGGCCCCCUUUUGAUCUUGCUUCUCUAAGUUCAAAUGCUAUCGAGAGUGUAGCAGAUAUGCCUCCCAGGCCGGCGUCCCCAGUUAAACUGGAUCCUGAUAUCGCAGAAGAGUUUCGGGAGCACUACCUGCGACAAUCUAAGAAGGUUAGGUCUGUAGUCGAUCGAUGGAUGAACAACUGCGCCGAAGCGCCUGCUCCAGCACCCUCCGAGAUCGACGACGAGACUCUAACAUUUGCCAUCUUGACCAAUCUCGACCAGGAAGAACGUCCGUACUUCAAUGCACUACUUUCCGGCGCCCGGGAACUCCAGCCUGCUCUGAGAGCACCUACACCACUGCGUAGACCAAGGUCAGAUUUCAUGAUCAAAGCGGGUCUUGCUCUCCAGCGUAUCUACCGUUUACCUCAGACACCCCGCGACGCAGAGACGGCCGUGUUUCUUGUCAAAUAUCCUCUUCACCAUGAUCUUCUUACGACCAUCACCGAUAUAAACCCUCAGGAGUGGGAGAUCCUCGUCUCGGGCCGCUUCGACGGGUUUCUCUGGUCUGGAGCUGAUGCCGACGAUUUAAUGACGCCCAUUGCGGACAACCCACUAUCCCGAGGCGCUACACCUGCAAACGGCUUCUCAUCUCCGCCUCCUUCCCGGGGUCCCAGUGUGCGGCAUACGCCGGGUUUCGGCGCUUCUCGCAGCACGACCCCUUUCUCUGGAGUGUACUCCCGCGGCGCAACCCCCGCUUCUUUUAUCUCCCUUUCAUCUUCGACCGCACCCGGCCACAGUCGUCAGCCUGUAUCCCAUGACGAAGAGGUUGAGAUGGCUGUGCUAGCCGAGGUAGAGCGAGAAAUAUACCAGGGCAUGGAAGCUCUGGAAGACGCAUUUGAGAAGCUCCACCUCCGCGCCGAAAUGGUACGGAACGCUCUUCGCCAAAGGAAUAACGGUCUGUUGAUGAGCCAACAGCACCGUCGCGCCGGAAGAAUCGACGUAUUGCCGCAAUUGUCAGGCAACUCGCAAGGCUCCGAGAGACCGCCUUGGGCCGCUGGAGAUGAUGACGGCGCCGCAAGCGAGAGCGAUUGGGGAGGCGACGAUUUCGACUUAGCACCCGAGGAUUCGGCGAGCAACAUUUCAAGUUCGAGACAUAGGCGACCCAAGCGAAGAAACGAGAGGAGGACCCCUGCUCCUAUCGAGGAAGACGACGAGGAAAGUUACGUCUGAUCGGUUAACUUUCUAGCGUCCUGUGCGUAUCAAAUCAUGGCUUUUCUUUACUUUACGACCGCCACGACCUCAAAAAAAAUUCGUCGAUACCAUUUCGAACAAUUAUCUGGGAUUUCUCGUUUUGCAUCACAGUUGAAACAAAUGAGUUGGAGGUUUGCAUAUCUGAUUACUUUGGCGGGCUAGGAUGGGGUAAGCAGAAGUAGAAGGGGAUAGAUAAUCCUUAACGGGCUAGGUGAAGGAGCUCGGUCUGAUCGAAGUAUUCUACUCCCUGUCUCUUAUCUCUCGCCAUUUAGCUAUACAUCCGUGCCCACAUAAGUCUGGAGUUUAUAUGGUUUAUAUGGUCUUUCGCCUUUGAAAUGGGCAUUGCCUCCUUUUUCAUCCUCCAUUUGCAUUGUCAGGA